CAGUGUAGACAACCAUUUUUGCAUCAUUGUGUUUAUUUUUUAACAAAUAUUCAUCUCGCACACACAUACGUGCAUAUAUAAAUUUAAAGUUGAGCCAUGAUCCACCAGUCGAGGGCGAUUAAUCCCUAUUUUGUAUUUCUGGAUCAGUUUCGCGAUAAUCUGAGAAAGCUUGGCAUUAAGAAUAUCAAACCUACUGUCGUGGCCAAAAUGUGUGGACAGAAAUGGCGUGAAAUGAGCGAUGCUCAGAAGUCCGUGUACAUCGAAAAGGCCAAGAACAACCGUGAGAGCCGAGACAUGGAAAAUUCGGUUAAAUAAAGUACUGACGAUCUAAUGGAUUUGGCCGGUCUAAAGGUGAUGCUCCCAUACGAUUUAAUGCUGUGCAAAUCCUCCUGGAAGCAUGAAGACUUGUCCAUUCCUAUUCGGACACGCAAGAAAGGCCAUUCUGAUAGAACUGUUUAAAAUUAGUAAUGAUCAGAAAGAACUGGAGGAUGUGCUACAAUACAUAGCAUACAAUAACAACGAAAAUUUAAAGUUACAAUUCGCGCCAUAAUUGGUCAUAUUUUUCUUCGGUAUAUUUUGAAAACGAUAAG